GCAAGAGGGGCAGGAUUUCAAAGCUGGCAUCAGAGUUUAACAUUCAUAUAAAGAGGAAGACACUGCACAGAGAAUGAAAGAGAAAGAGAGAGUGGUGUUGAGACUAACAAUUAGGAGGAUGGCAAAAUAAAUUGUAAUAAAGAGCUAAAUAACUAAAAAAGUGGGAGGGGCCUGACAAGAAAAAAAAUGGUUGUGGCAACAGCAGGUAUGGCACUAUGAAGAGACUGACAUAAAGUGAAACUAAUGGACAGACGCAUAAUCAUCACAUGCAGAUUCUGACAUGACACUUCAGAAAUAAAAUGUGUUUGCUGUAUUAGCAAACAAACAAGGAUUGCCAGUUGUGAGUGUUAUCGCAUACAGGCUUGUUGAAAUUCCAGGAAAUAUUGAUUUACGUUCCACAGGACACAGUGGCAGUGCGCUGUGCUGAAAAUAUCGUUUCUUUGAACCCCAACCACAAGCUGGACUGUGGUUGAAGCAGGUUCUGCCAGAGGCUGUCGCCAUGGAGGGGAGGGAGCGGCGGUGUAACGAAGAGGAAAGGGGUGAUGUUGAAUCCCCCACAGGACAUUCAUCCAGUGCAGGAGAACGAGGCACAGUGUCCACUUGGAUGAAUGGUGAGGUGUUGGCCACGGUGCCCACAUCCUCUUGGUUGGCUCCCAGGUUUAAAUUUUCGCACUGCAAGACUCUUCUGGAGGCAAAUGGCUUCAAGAUUCCAAUUGAGGAAUUUGAGCAUCCACUUCAUAUAGCACUGGACCACCCGUCUGUCAGAAGAUACUUGCUUUUCAACUCAUCCAUUUUUAAUUUCAUCAUGGCACCUUUGUUGUAUCUGGUGCUGUGGUUUGCGCUGUACUCAUCCCUUCACAUGUACCUUGAAGGCAGCACAACAAACUUCUGGGUGCUCUGUAUGUGUGUCAGUCUGGUGUCCAUAAUCAUCACCACCAUCAUCAUCCUCAUCUUCCACAACAGCAACAAAAAGAUAAACAUGAACAUAGAUGUGCGGUUGGUGGGGGUAAACGAGCGGAUGGUCAGACACAGGCUGCUGUUGGGAGUGGCUGACUGGGUACAUAAAUGCAAAGGAAAACUGCAACUCUUCUUUGUGUCCUGGGACUUGUCCCCAUGUCUGAGAUCUCUGACUGAAGCUCUGGAGGACAGGAGUAUUGUCAGAUAUCAAGUACAGAACAGAAUCAAGAAAAGAAUGUCACACCUAAUUCUAGUGACAGAGGUCACGACACUGGAUUCUGAGGAUGGAUUAGUGGAGGAUGAGGAGGGUCCUGAUGAAGUGCGCCCCCUGUUGGUGGGGGGAAGAGAGAGAAGUGCAUCAACUAGUCAAAGAGAAGACUCUAAACUUACAAAAAACUUCAGUCUAAUGCCUGAUCCCACCCUUUCAUAUCAGGCUAUGGCUGAGCAGCUCCUGAUGACUUACAGUGCACUUUAUGUCAGACUUCUAGUAUCUAACAGGCUUCCUGCUUCUUCACAGUGUCCUUUAGGUGCAGGGAAAAAUCAUUCCACUGGCUCUCUAUGUCUCUGUGAGUAUGUAGGUUCAAAGGUCCUGCAGUAGAUGACAAUCAAAUUUCAUGUUUAGUUUAACUGUCAACUACAAUGUAGUCAUAAUGAUAAUGAUUUAUGCCAUGUCCUAACCAGGCACAACAUAAAAAAGGAAACAAGUGAUUCCUUUCUCUUCCAUGUUAAGUAUAAACAGUUUUUGUUUCAACAAGCUGAGAACUCAACAAGUGACAAGACGUUAGUUGAUCGCUCGGUCUCUAUGUUGUUUUGCUCUGAGUUGCCCCGCCCCCAGUUCAACAUGGUCAAACUGGAAAUCAACAUGUUUCAGAUGUGUUUCUGUAAAUCCGUAACGGGGGUUCUGGUCUCAUAAAAAUCAGGAAGUAUUGAUUUGGAGGUUGCAUUUUUGCUCUAAAAUGAAACAUUUUCUACAGCUUUAGAAAGGGUGAAUAGUGGUGCAAGAUACACCGGCACAUUGAAGAUGUAAUCAGUAACUCACAAGAUGAUAUCUGACAAAACCACGUUUGAAAGCAUACAUCCCAACUGUUGCCAAUGGCGACUAGAUUUUAAAUUAUUGUUGCAAUAAUUUAUUUUUGGUCGCAUUUGCGACCAUUUUAGUUGCAGUCUGGAGCCCUGAUUCCUGUUGACUGCAUUACAUAAUUUACAACUAAAAACACAACUCUCUUUUGGCGCCACUCUGUGGACAUUUUGCCUCAACAAUUCCAGCUUCAGCCACUUGGGGCAGUGGUUCAAAUUUUCAUUAAGCACAGACUGAUUUCAUCUGCUGAAAUUUGUACCUACUGUUGCUUAAUUCACAGUGCAUUUAGUCUGCCCAAUGAAAUCUCAUUGGUCAAGAUUCCUGCUCCACACAGCUGUCUAUUUUGUAUUUUCUGUAUAUUUUUGAUUAAAGACUUUAU